AGCGAACGUACGAUGAAUGGCAGAAAAGUGUUUAUCAAUUUAUUCGAGUGCUAAUUUCAUAAUUUAACCUUUAUAAAUGCACGGCGCACCUGACAGGUCUAUAAAAAGCGUAACGGAAAACUUGAUAAAUCGUCGUGACUCACGCACCUGCCACGCACCACGACAGUCGACCAUCGCUAGCUGCUGCCCCCGAAAGGCGAAAACACGUAAAGUUUUCGAUUAAAAUGCAGAAAUUAGCCGAUUAAGAGGCGCGCGGGCUCGUAACCAAACGUUUUCAAGUAUUAAACUACCGAUUAAGCAACACGUCCACUUAGUGACAUAGUUUAAGUACCCGCCCGAGCACCGUAAUCGCCGCAAUCGCCGCCUUUCCGCUUUUCCUUGCUGCCGAAAACCGCUGCAUGUCCAUUUUUGGUGAAGAAUUUCUCGCCAAAAUUCUCGCCCUUGGCCGGACGCAAUGAGAGAUGAGAUUUAACUGGCUGAGCGAGUACGUGGCCAGCACAUUAAGCAGCAUCGCAUCGACCUCUCCGUGGCGCCAACUGCAGCAGCAGGUGCAUCAGGUGCAGCAGCUCGUCCCCAAUCCGCAGGCCAUCUACUGCCGUAUCAGGUCCUCAUCCGCCGAAGCACUGGAGCACGUACUGAUUGCCUGUGCGGUGUACUUGCUAGUAUGCCUUGGCCUCUACAAGCUCACCUUCUGGCUCUCGGAAUCCAGAGCGCCCAGCGACAACAACAAUGCCGGAGGAUCCAGAUCCGGCGACGACAGCGGAGACCGGAAUCCAAAUCAGGAGGCGGGUGGCGGCCUGAAGCAGGCCCUUCAAUCCGGCCUCCGGCUGCGUAGCGUCCGGCUGCCCAAAAAGGCGCACAUGGAGCGCGUCCUGCUGAUCACUGCCCAUCCGGAUGACGAGUGCAUGUUCUUCGGACCGCUGAUCUACUCGCUGACGCAGCGCCAAGGCUGCCAGGUGUACAUACUAUGCCUGUCCAACGGCAACUUCGAGCACAAGGCCAAGGUGCGGCGUCAGGAACUGUGGCGCUCCUGCUCGAAACUGGGAAUUCCGGAGUCGAACAUCGUGUUGAUGAAUGCCACCAACCUGCCGGACGACCCCUAUGUGGACUGGCGCCCGGAUGCGGUGGCCAGCCUGAUACUGCACGCCGUCGAAAGCCUCGACAUCCAGGCGAUAUUCACGUUUGAUCGCGAUGGCGUCAGCUCACAUCCGAACCAUUGUGCCGUGUACUACGCGGCCGCUUCGCUCUGUUUGGCCAACCUUUUGCCCAAAGAUUGCAAGUUCUACACCUUGGACUCGAUCAAUGUGGUCAGAAAAUAUCUAUCCAUCCUCGAUCUGCUCUGCACGUGCUUUAUGUCUACGCAUUGGUGCAUUCUUAACUGGAAGGAGGCUGCGAUUGUGAGGAGCGCGAUGAAGGAGCAUCAGUCGCAGAUGAGGUGGUUUCGCUGGCUCUACAUAUACACUUCGCGCUACAUGUUCAUCAACUCGAUGCGGCUGAUAAAUCUGUCGGAUGUGGAACUGGAAAUGCAGAUACAUGACAACUAGCAAGGGAAUGGAUACGAAUGAACACCAAAAGACAAACUACCUUCACGAUCGGAUGCUCCAGGGGGCAGAGCGAGUGGUUUUUAUUUUAGUCUCUGACGAUUCUACUAGUAUAUAUGUUUGUAACUACUGUUGGCCAAAUGAUCGAUAGUAAUUGGAAAGCUAUAUCCAAACCAACCAGGGAACAAAAAACCGGCAAAGCGGCAGUACCAUAGGCAACCGAAACCACAAAACAGUCCAUUAACUAGUUCCACACUCACAUACAAACUGGCAUAUCUUUAAAUCUUAUUAGUUAGCUCUAAUUAUUAUUUAUACUCAGUCCAAGCAAUGUUCCAAAGUGUGCGAUGUAGUCAAAUGCUUAAAAAUUAAAAAAUGUAUGCGCUA